CGUACCUGUUCAAGCCACCGUUGGCUGCGUGAGUUGGUGGGAUCAUGGUUGUCGACUUCUUUGCCAUGCUGCGUAAUUGCAGUCGCGGUAUCCAUCAUUCUUCGGUUCGACUGCUUGAAAAUUACGCGAUCGUGAAAACUUCGAAUUGAACUAGUUUUCUGCAUUUUCCGAAGCUUACACUUAUAGUUUCUACGUUCGCGUACUUAGAUUUGGACCUAGUGUUUGUGUGCUGUCGGAAACCAAGCGAUAAGUGUUUUAAGUCUAAGAAAAGUGCAUAAGUGAUACUCAAUCAUGGGAAGCAAAAGUGUUGCACUGAUUGCGGCAAUUCUGAUUAUUAGCAUAUUAACUUCAACAAAAGUAACUGCUCAAGGACCAUUCGGCAUAAUCAAAAAUCUACUUCAAGAAAAUGUCGCCGGUAACCCCGUCAUACACCAGAAGUCAGAAUAUGACUUUGAUCCGGAAGUAGCUAAAAAACGAAGACAAUUAUUUUAUGAGACACAUGGGUAUCGGGCUGAAAAAUUCAUUGAACGGAUUGGUGUUGGCAUAGAUGGCCAAGAAGAUGAAAGACGUGUGGAACAAUCUUACAGAGAUCAAGGUCGUCUGAAUGGAGAACAUUUCAUUAAUUUUCCUUAGGUAAAAAGAGUUUUGUAUCCACAUGUAAAUUAUUAUGAAACCGAAGAUAGGGUAACUUAUUUAAAAUGUAGCGAAUUUGUCAAUAAUUAUUGUAAUAUGUAAACUGUAAAUAAGAAAAAUAAAAUACUUUUUAAUUUU